AAGUACGCAGCCGCUUUGCAUUAUUUUUUUUUUCUUCCGGAUCGAAAGUCCUCGUUUCAAAAAAUAGAGAACAAUGUUGAACGCGUACGACCUGUCCAGGAGUCGCGCGUUUCUCUUCGCCGUGCGAUGUGGGCGAGAUGAAGUCGCGUGCGCCUAAUCGCGCUGGAUACGCAAACCAGAUACGCCAGCAAGAAAUUAUGCGACGAUACGAUUAACGGCGGUCGCCCGUUGUUUUGCGCUAUUUCGUUCUCGAACGCGUAUCCGUUCGAAUCCUCGAUCACCGCGCGAUGAAUCUCGUAGAGACUCGCACGCGUACGUACGUUUCACGAUAGCCAUCUCGUCGCGUCAGGAACUGGAACAGUGCGGCACGAUGUUCCGGAACCAAGUGUCGCGUGCAUUUAAUUGCGACGUGUUUGCGAAUUACUUUGCCUGGUAUAUUAAUUGGAUGACGAAUUUAUCUCGCCACGUCUUUCGCACUUCCGUUCUUCGCGUCUUUAUCGUAAGAAUUGAAUACUCUCUUACGAGGUUUUAUUAUAACUGAUCGCAACGCUGGAAAACGGGAAGUCGUUUGUUUUGUCGGAGGUACUGGUCCACUUCCGUCGAAAGGUAACAAGCGCGAGUAAGGGAAUGAUGAAUGUCGUGCACGUAAUUGCGCCGCUGGAUGUCGUAAAGAGGGUGACGAUUCGAAGUGCCGCUUAAUUACCGCGGUCACUGGCCGGGAGUGCGUUUCAUGACCCAAUUGUCAGCUACGGAUACGAGCAAUCAGACUUUUGCAAUCUUGCUGCAAGCUCGCGGAUCGAGAUUUCAUCAUGGAGAACAGCCUGUUCCAUUGAUUCCCUUCGCUGUCACUCCACGUACUCUCUUAGGAGAACUGAACCUACGACGAGACACGAGAGACAGGUAUUCGUAAGAAGACGACAGGUGCAGAAACGCAACGACAGCGAAUGCAUCGAUUGAAAUUAGACAUUUAUGUACGCGCUAUUUUUAGCCGAUUGUGAUAUCCCUCUUCUUUUCGCCGUGGUUCCCACUUAAACUGGAAAACAUACGUGGACCUCAAUAAUCAGCAUGCGUGUCGCGACUUGCACCUCGCGAAAUGUCGCUCGGUUUCCGCAUUCUGCGAGAUCUGCGGUCGAAUUUGUCGUACGUGUAAUUCUGGAGCGGCAUUUUGUCCCCGUUGACAGCCGGUCGCGGGCAUUUUCAAACGAGUCGAAGCUGAUUUUUUUCGAAUAGUCGCGUCGGGCGUGUCCAGACGAUUAAUGUCUACCUCGCUUUCUACCGCGUAGCGUUCGCAGCCCGGGCGCAUUCAAUCGCCUCACAGUCACGAGUCGACUUACGGCUUACAUUUUUCUUCCUUUUUCUUCCACCUGCCUUUUUGUCUCGCGGCCGCGUUCCUAACGACUCGAGUGCGUCCCGCGAUCGCGAAUGUUAACCGGCAACGUGCUCACCUUUUCCCCGAUUACCGUGAUUAAAGAUUCAUGCGCUCGCAAACUUUCCCUUCCAGCUUCCCGGUGCUGGUUGCACGAUACGCUUCCAUAUAUGCAAUAUAGUACAUACCGUAAGACAGAUUCAGGUUUAGUGCCACGCGCAUUAGAUAAUGAUCUUUGAUCGUCUGGUCUUGCGAAAUCGAAAGCACUUAACAUCGAAAGCGAAGUUGAAUGUAAUAAUGUUACAUUCCAAGUUUAUUUUUUUUACAAUUAUCAGGAAGAACGACUUAAUAAUAAUCAAUGCAAUUUCACUAUUAACAGAUAUAAAUUUAAAAAGCGACGUUGUUAGUUGAGAUAAAACGAAGAAUAUAGGCAAUGCGAGCCGUCGCCAGAUCGAUGGUGAUUAAUUGUAUACAAAAGUCUUGGUCACAUUUGUAGACCGAAACGUUCAACGUUAUCUAUUUUCCAAUAUCUUUUUUAUACCAAUUUUUUUAUACCAAUUGUCUAUAUUCUUCGUUUUAUCUCAACUACCAGCAUCGUUUUUAAAUUUAUAUUCAUUGGAGCCUUAUUUAUAUUAUUGAUUUUAGUGUUAAGUUAUUACAAAAGUAAUACAAUUAUGUAAAGAUUAUCAACGUGUAAUUGGUGAAUAAUUUUAUUUCUUUCUCCCUAUAAUCCGCUUUCUCUUUUAUUAUCAAUGCCUGAGUCAUUUCUGAUGGCUAAAUCAUAAUAUACUUUGUAUCACGCCAUAUUGUAUGAAAUUCUGUUAUUUUCUUCUUGUAGGUUUUACUGUUGAUGGCACUUCCCAUGUGCCUGGCUGAAUUUUCAAUACAGGGGCCUAGCGACGGACACCGACGUGCUCAAGGUCUGAAGUUUAGCGAGGAGAAAGGAAUCGAAUACACAGACGCAAGUGAGGGAGGGGGACAGGGAGACUUUACCAUUCAAGGCGCGACCGACGGCAAUAGCAACUUCCAGAUCCAAGGUGCCACGGACGGGCACUCGAAUUUUCAAAUUCAAGGGCCGUCGGAUGGUGGAGCGUCCACCUACAAUGUGCAAGGGCCGAUCGAUCGAUACGGUCAGUCCACAAUCCAGGGGGCCUACGAUGCUAAUCAAGUUAACGGAAAAGCGCUCCAGUACGACGACCCCAGCGGUUACAGGGUAAACUGGAGGUCGUACGAUCGUCAAACGCGUCCGCAAGCUCAGGAGGAGCCGCAGCAGUACACGGCGCAAGCCGCGGCGCCGGUCUCGCGAGCGCACCGGCAGCGAGCGCAUCACGCGCGAGCCCAAGCGCAACCGCAACCGCAGCAACAGCAACCACCGGAACCGAGUCCGAAUUACAGGCCUUACGCUAACGCGCCGCCGCAGAUCCAGCAACUGCUCCAGUUCCAACAGCAAAUUCCGUACAUCAAUAUAAUUCCGGAACCGUACAGAUUCGACGAAGAGGCCGCGAUACGGGCUCAGUCCGAGCAGGUCCGGGACCACCUCCGAAAGUUGGCUCAAGAGGCGGCGGCUGCCCCUAUAACCGAGUACGCAUCCGCUGCACCUCAGCCCGCACCUCAGCACGCACCUCAGCCCGCACCUCGUCAAAAGUCGCGCGGUCACUCCAGGAGCAAACGUCAGGCUCAUCAACAAUCGUAUCAGCCACCGGCAGAGCCGCAGCCUCAAUACUCGCGCAAUCUGCCGGCUCACUUGCGCGAACUGCUGAAAUUCCAGGCGCAAACGCCGUACAAUAUCUUUGCCAACCAGGUCGCGUACCGUGGUGCGGAGAAGCCGUAUGUGCCGCAGCCCGUGAACCAGCACCAGCAGCAGCAGCUGCUGCAGCAGCAGCAGCAGCAGCAGCAACCGUUACAGCAAGCGCAAUACCAAGGUCAGGGUGGCGCCUACGACGGUCAGGCCAGCGCGUACACGCAGGCUCUCGUACAACCCGCAUAUAACCAGAACCAGCAAUAUCAGCAACUCGGCUAUAAUCAGGCUGGCGUAAGACCCGUCACUGAGAAUCAGAACUGAUCGCUUUGACGAGGCGCCUACGUUGCUAUGCCUCUCGUUUGCUUCGAUCGGUAGAACGAGUCUUCCCGGACUGAAUUCUAUUCUAUAAUGUGAUAAAUUACAUCCGAGUUUUUCAAAUACAUAAUUAGAUAAAAAAUCAAUUUACUAUUAGACGAAGGUGUAGGAGCAAGCAUUGCUUUUAGCUUGAGAAUUUACUCGAUAGGUUUAUGAGGAUUACAAUCAAAAGGAAAUUACAUGGUUUGGAAUCUUCUCAAUUCUUUUUUGGUCCUGCUGCAGUAAAAGGGAAAAAUGCCCUAUUUAAUGCAAUGUUUUGUAAAGUAAUAGAUAUCUGUGUUUGAAAGAUAAUACACGCGGUAUAAAUAUUUUAGUUUUCCCAUAGAAUACAUAUAUCUAUUUUUUACUUUUUAAGUUUCUGAAAUUUGGGUUUUUAUAUCGAAGUCUUCUGCGAUUUUACCCAGCAGAUAAUUUUUUGUGAACGAGUUCUCCGUCGUUCUUAACACUUUACGGAAUCUGCAUGCGAGGAAGAAGUGUAUUCCUAAAGAUUUCUCGGGGUUUCGAUCACACAAGAGCGAGAUUGAGAUUUUUCACAGUUUUUAUACGACAAAAAGAGAAAUAAAGUCGAACGUCCUACUCGCGACAAUACAUCAACGCACUAAUAUAUUCAGAUGAAUAUUGAUACCUGCUUGAAAUAAAAAUAAUUUAAUAUAAGUUUAACUGUAUUAUAGUUUUUUUAUAUCCACAUUUACGCGCGAAUAAAAUAUUUACAACUCUA